GCCUUGUUUUCCAACAGUAUAUUAAUAAUAUAACGAUGGACAUUCGGAACGAGACUAAUCACGUUUUCAACAUUAAGUUGGCCAAACUCAUAGGAUUGUAUCAAAUGUUGGAUCCGGGGGCUGCGAAAUGUCGAGGUCGAAACAUCUAUCACAUUGGCAUGGCGUGCGUUUUGCUGUACAUGUGUCUCGUCCUGAUGAUUUUGGUCAUCAGUGGUCUGUACUACUGGACGGUCAAUGUACCUAUAAGUAUGGAUUAUUUUUGGAAAUCAGAGUCCACGUUGUACGUUAUCUACAAGAUGUGGUUCGUCGUCCACCACUCGGACGACAUAUGGAAUUGUUUGUCGAUUACGCGGUACGAUUUUACAUCGUUCAGUAACCGGAACAGACACGUACUGGAUCGUUGGCGAGAACGAGUAUCGUGGUCAACGACCAUUUAUGCAAUCAUCUAUUUCACGACGUGUGUCAGCUACUUGGCCAUUACCUUGGCAUUCAGUGAAGUCAAGUCGCCAGUCAAAAACCACGACGGUUCGAUCGGUUACUACCGCCAGAACGCCAUGAAUUUAUAUUUAAUCGUGUCUGACGAUACGUACAACGCGCACUUUUAUACGUUUUAUUUCGUGGAGGCAUUAUUCGGCAACCUUAUAGGAUUAUUUUUCUUUAUAUUCGAUUUUCUACUGGUUACACUGUGCUUUAGUAUGUGCUGUCAGAUGCAAAUCGUGUGCUCUGCGUUCGAGUCGGUCGGUCACAUAUCACUUCGGGACCAUCAUCCCCCAAUUGAUUACACCGAUGAAAAUAUAAAGAUAUCACCUGAUGAACACGAGUUAAUUUAUAAUGAAUUAAAAACAAUUAUAAAGGAUCAUCAAGCAGUUAUGGAGUAAAAUUAUAUUUUUAAUUACAUUAUUAACAUUAAAUAGGAUUAUAUUUUAGCUGAAAAAUAAAUCUUAACUAACUAAAUAUGCAUGGAAAUAAUCAUUACCUAUUUAAGUUAACAUAUCAAGGAUAAUAUGGGUAAGAACUCGGGAUACAUACAAUAUACAUGCAAUAUUAAUAUAUAUAAAACGGUAAGCAUUAUUUAAAAUAAAAAGUACUAAAACCAAUUGUUCCAAAAGUGUGCACCUACAUGGCACCGGGCUACCGUAGAAUUUUAUAUGAUCCAAAAAUCAAUUUUAAGACCCAACGAUGGUGGUGAUGGAAACGAUUACGAUUAUGUGAAUAAAAAUGUAUUCCUAACCCGGACAGCAAUUGCAUAUUACAUAUUGUAAAAAUAUUAUCAAAACAUCGUGAAAUUAAUAGUAAUGUUAUAGUAAACGUUUCCAAAAUAUUUCAAAAACUUUAUCACAAAC